UGCAGACGGGCUUCACAGAGAGCUGUCAUUUACUCUUGGUCACACACACAAAUACACACUCGCGCACACACCUUGAUGCUAAGAGAAUCUGCUUCCGCUGACUGGCCAACGUCCCAGAGUAGACUUGCUUAGAGAAAGGGAACAAGACAGGGAGGACAUUUUUAGGCAUUAUUGCUUACAGGUUGGAGUUGCUCUGCUCUAGUCGUUGGGUGUUUGCUGUCAUUGAGGUCUUUUUUUAGUACUUUAUAUUUACCCUGGGACUGUGUUCUUGCACACCGGGCCACGUGUGUGCUCUUCAGCUCUCCAUCUGCAAGUAAGUGUGUGCGUGUGUGUGUAUUCAUUGGUGUGUACUUGAAACCUGGCCAUGGCUGACACAGACUUCAAACUGGAGCGUGCAGUCUUUGCAGAAGUCUCUGAUGACGAUGAGGAGGUCGCCUUAGUAACUGCUGCAGCCAAAACUUCCAAAACAGCCAAAGUAUUAAACUCAAGAAGUGGCAACAAUGAUGAUAAUGAUGAUGACCUAGGGAAGGAGGUCGACCUGGUGUUGGGGCCAGGACUUGAUGGAGGUGGGAGUGGUGGAGUUGAGAAGUCAGAGGCCCAGGCUACUGGCGUGAUGGUUAUGGCUCUCCUAGAUAAAAUCAUAGGUGUGGUGGACCAAAUCCAGCAAACUCAGACAGGUCUAGAGGCCAAGCAGGAGACCAUGGAGAAGAACAUGAGCACCAUCCAGAGUGAGCUGGCCAAGCUGGCGAAGAGUCAUGUAGGAACAGCCGGGACAGUCAACAAGCUGCUGGAUAAGGUGCGGAAGGUCAACUUCAACGUGAAGAGUGUGCGUUCAGACCUGGAAAAGCAGGUGGGACAAAUAAAAAAACUGGAGAUCAAUGAGCAUGAGCUCCUAAAGAGGAGGAACUUCAAAGUGCUCAUUUACCAGGACAAAAAUCCUGUGAUGGUCUCCAAGGAGCCAGUGUCUGUAGGAGAAGGAGAGCAGGUGCUGAGUGAAGGAGGAGAGGAAGAACAUGGCUCUGGAAAGGAAGUGGAGGUGGAGGAGAUCAUAGAGAUUUCUCGUGCUGAGCGCAUCAAACGCAGCGGCAAGCAGAAGGUGGACGAGCUAAAGAAGGCCUUCAGCAAGGAGCAAAUGGAGAAGACCAGACAGAAAACCAAGGAGAACCUGGAGAAAACCCGACAGAGAACUAAAGCGAAUCUGGAGAAGACACGUCAAAGAACCCGAGAGAACCUUGACAAGACUAAGAAGAGCCUGGGCAAGAAGAUGGGCAAGUUGGGAACAAAGAUGACGCCUAACACUGAGCGCAGAGAGAAAAUUCGCAGCUCAAGAGAGAAGAUGAAGAAGUCGCUGAAACCUGACCACACUGUCUACGCCCGCUCCAAAUCGACCACCUAUCGUGUACCGCCUUUCACGUUCCACGUGAAGAAGAUCCGUGAAGGAGAGAUUGAGCCCACACCAGAGCCUGAACCAGAUGAGGAACAGGAGGAGCAGGAUAAGGAGUUCCAGGAGGGUCUUGUGGUGCAGGAAGAAAUAGGCCUAGUGUCACUGGUGGAGGAGGGUGAACUAGUCAGUAUUGACAGCGCAGAGAUGGAGGCCUUGCUAGAGGCGGCUGAUCACUCGCGGUUGGUGUUUCAGGAUAUGGUGAGGCCAAGGGAGAAGGCCGGCCAGUAAGUCCAACCAGUGUGCCGAGUCUGAGGAUAAGCUCAACACGGAUAAGUCACAUGGAGUUCUGGAGAUGAAUAAGGAUAAAGGGAUGUAGGGAAUUCCGACGUGCCUGAGGAUUGAGUAAAAAAGAUAAGAACAUAAAUGUGACAUUGACUGGACCAUUGGCUGAACAUUUUGUUUGUUCCUCUUCUCUAUUGAAACCCAAGGUUGAGAUUUUAAUUUUCAAUUGUCAGUUUCUAAAAUUGACUAAUGGUCCCUUUUAUUUUCAUUGUGAAGAAUUGAACAUGAUCUUUAGACAUGCGUCGACAUUAUCUUAAAAAAUCUGAACGUUAUGUUGAAUUUCACUAACAAUUCAUAUAAAUACCCUUAUGAUUUAGAUCCUAUUUGAUGGCAUAUAGUAUUAACUUAAUUAUUAUUAAUUUGUAAUCAAAGCAACCUGGUGGCAGCCAGAUGUGUCUAUAUAAAUAACCCUAACCAUAUAUAUAUAUAUAUAUAUAUAUAUAUAUAUAUAUAUAUAUAUAUAUAUAUAUAUAUAUACACACACACACACACACACACACACACACACACACACAUAACUGGUUUAUUCAACACACAAAAAAUUAUUAACAUCUCUGAAUGAAUAAUGAACCCCCAGUGUCUUUGUACUAUCAUCUGAUGUGCACAUCUGCUAUUUUCAACAGUUUAAAUUAAUAGCCCUAACCCCAUGCAUCUAGCAGAAGUGCUGGGAUCAUAUGAAAGUGAAUGGUGCUACAGAGUAUGUUGUCUGACAGAAGCAUUGUCAUGAGGGAAAAAUAAAUAUAAAGUAUUCUAUUUUAAGUGAUGCAAAAUAAAUAAAUAAUAAUAAUAAUAAAAAUUACUACUGAUGUGAUGACUUACAAACUUGCUCUUUUGAGACAAAAGGUUACAGCAUGUUGUUAUGCAGUAUAUUUGAUGAUGUGAAUGUGAUCUGAAAUCAAAUACACAAUGUUUUAAAUACUUAACACUAUGACUCAGACUGUGCAAGUGUUUUUUAUGUUGUUAAUUCUGCAUUUUACAUCUUGCGAUUGCAUAAUGUUCUUUGAGUCUAAAAAUGUAAACAUGAAUCAAAGAUACCUCUAGGAUCAAACAGAAUAUCAGUCUUUGAAAAGGUUGAUUUUCCCUGUUCAGUUUCAUCAAUUCAAAAGUUGAAUUCAGUUCUUGGGUGUUUACCCUGUUUGUUCAUAUACAGUUUUACUCACUCAGCGCAAGACUGAUCUUUCUUUCAAAUAUACAUAGAUGAAUUCAGUAUUUGGUAAACAGGGGCCUAUGGAAAAGUACUGCUACAUUUAAGUGAUAUCCGUCACAAUACACAGUAAAAAAUGUCUGUAAUUUUAAUGGUAAAAGACUGAAAAUGCUACAGAUUUUUUUUUAAUUGAUUUACAAGUAUUAACUGUAAAAUAUACAGUAGAAAUUUGUUUUUACAAAUUACUUUUUACAAUAAAACAAUAAUAUUUUUUUACAAAAAGUAAAAGUAUGAUUUUCCUGAUUAAUUAAUGAGAAAACUGUACAUUUUACAGUAAAAUUCUGUUAAAAUCACAGUAAAAAAAAACAAUAAUCGGGCAUUCCCACAAUUCCCUGCAUGACCCAUCAUAUUUCAUUAUAUUUUAUGGAAAUAAUUAUGUUUCUUCUUAUUUUUUAAUAUCAGUUACAUACAUUGGGGUGUUCUGUGUUAUAUUUGAUGUAGUUUAGUUAAUGUUUACUGGAUUAUUUUAAUUUACCCUGACAGUGUUUAGUGUUUGUGUGAGUGAGACUGAGCACUGUCUCCUCAUGUUUAUUGAUCUUUGCUCCUGGAAGAGCCUUUUUUGAUGAACAUGUCAUCGUGCGCUCUUCUGUCAUUUUUACGAUAAAGUAAAAAGCAGUUUUUUACCGUUAUAGAUGGUUAAAAUAUCAAGUUUUUUUCUUUUUAUUACUGUAAAUUUAACAGAUUAUUAUUUUAAUUUUUUACAGUGCCAGUGUGGUCAUGUAAAUUACAACAGAUUUAAACUGUAAAAUGUACAGGUUGUUCUGUUAAGUACUUUUUUACUGUAUUUUUUACAUAAUUAUUCUGGCAAACAGCUGGCAGUUUUUUGUAAAAAGAACAGGAUUUUGUGGGGCUAAUGUAUCCUAUUCUAUUCGUAAAAGGAUUGUUUUGGAUUCUAAAAUGUAUAUUUCCUAUUAAAACACUAAAGGUAAAGAAUUAAAUAAUCAUAAGACAAAUGCUUUUGUACAUCUUUGAACAUCUUAUGUGCCUAAUACUUUUGCACAAUACUGAAAAAUACAUGUGUAGUCCAUCUCACUCAAGGGAAACACAUUAUAUUUCUGCAUACCGUCAUGUCAAAUAAUUAUCCCACACAAUCAGCUGUGAUCAUUUUUUACAACAGUAAAGAUACUGGAAACAACGUUUGUUUUUUAUCAUGCAAUUGAGAAUCAUAUAUCAAGAAGAUAUGUAAAUAUUGCAGUGACUUGAUAUUUUCCUGUGUGUGAGAGUCUGAGUGAAGAUGAUCUAAAUGGGUCCAGAUCCAAAUGAUUCAUCAGGGCUCUGAGACUCAUGGUUGUUGCUUCUGUGACAUUUGAGAUUGUGUAUAUGGAUUAGGUGUACGUUGCUUCUAAUAACCAAAUAAAAGUGUUCACUUAAU